AUGGAAGCUUCACCUCUUCAAAUAAAUGAUUUACCUGAUGAAAUUCUGAUGAUUAUAUUUAAAAACAUGUACAAUACUGAAGUACUCUACUCUUUAUUAGAUGUUGAUAAACGACUCAAUAGAAUCGUAUGUGAUUCGGCUUUUACGUAUCGUUUGAAUUUGCUAAGAUUAGUUCCAAGUCAUUUAAUUGUGUUAACAUCUUUAUCAAGAUAUUUUAUUUAUCCACUACUUGAUCCAAUACUAAAUUGGUUUUGCUUACAAAUCUUACCUCAAAUUUGUAAUAAAAUCAAAUGGCUUAAUCUUGAAUCAUCUUCAAUAAGACGUAUUCUUCGUUCUGCAAAUUAUCCUGCUUUAUAUGGAUUUGGUUUAUAUAAUAUUGAAGCAAAAGAAGCUAUCAAUCUUUUUUCUGGUAAGAUAUUUGAUUGUGACUAUCACAAUCAUAAAUAG